GCCAAAUAUGGAUCUAGUUAAGCUUCUUCUCCUCAUUUUUGUCUUUCUCUUUUCUUUUUCCUAUUUACUAAUCAAGUCUUUGAUUCGUCCCAAGAACAAAAAACGUUUGCCACCUAUGGCCGCCGGAGCAUGGCCAAUUAUAGGCCAUUUAAGGGCCUUUGACAACGGACAGCCGACUCACGUCACCUUCAGCGCCCUUUCUGACGUGUACGGACCAGUGUUCAUGACGAAAAUGGGCUCUGUUAAUACCCUUAUCGUAAACAGCCAAGAUAUCGCCAAAGAGAUCUACACUGUCCACGACAAGGUCUUGAACCGGCCAGUACCCGUUGCGUCUAAGCUUCUUGGCUACAACGGCUCGUUCUUGACAUUUAGCAAUGAAAGUUCUUACUGGAGAGAGAUGCGUAAGAUAGCCGUAUCCGAGAUUCUGUCUACCUCAGUCAUGGAUAUGCUCAAGCAUACUAGAGCUAGAGAGGUUGACGUGGCGUUCAGAGAGCUGUACAGUAAAUGGGAGCAGAAGGGUGACUCUCAAAAAGGAGUCUUGGUGGAUAUGAAGCAAGAGUUACAUGAUCUAACCACAAACAUCUCGUUGAUGAUGAUAGCUGGGAAGAGAUACUUCGGAGCUAAUCUUAACUGCGAAACUGAAGAGGCGAUGAGAUGUAAAAAGCUGAUACGAGACUUUAUUGAUUACAUGGGGACCUAUUUGUUAUCCGAUUUGGUACCCCCUCUUGGUUGGUUGGAGUGGAGGAUUAAAAGGGACAUGAAGAAAACGGCUAGUGAGAUCGAUGAAGUUCUUGAAGCCUGGGUUGAUGAGCACAAGAAGAAGAGGAAGGAUUCUGGUGAGGGAUUUGAAAAAACUUUCUUGGAUCUACUCAUCGAGAUAUUUGAACAAAAGACCCCGGGUCUUGCAGAUGCUCAUACAACAACCAAGGCCAUUUGCCUUAACUUGGUUUUGUCAGGGAGUGAAACGGCCAUUGUGGUUCUUGUUUGGGCCGUUUCGCUACUAGUGAACAACCCACACGUGUUGAGGAAAGCUCAAGAGGAGCUCAACCGAAUAACUGGAAAGGAUAGAGUUGUGGAAGAAACCGACCUCAAAGAUUUGGUGUACCUUCAAGCUGUUAUCAAGGAGACACUCCGUUUAUACCCACCGAUCACUCUCGUCGCUUAUAGAGAUGUGACGGAAGCUUUGGACAUUGCUAAUGGAAAGUUUCAUAUUCCUGCAGGGACACAACUGCUCGUAAAUGCGUGGAAAAUUCAUAGGGAUCCGAGUCUUUGGUCCAACUCCGAACGCUUUGAACCAGAGAGGUUCUUGACAAUAAAUAGCGAAAUAAAUGUUGCUGGGCAUAGUUACAAGUUGUUUCCGUUCGGGUUGGGACGAAAGGCAUGCCCUGCAAUCCCCCUUGGCAUGAGGAUGGUGCAAUAUAUCCUGGCAAGGUUGUUGCAAAGCUUCGAUGUGGUAAGACCAUCAAGCCAAGAUGUGGAUAUGACCGGAGAUAGUGGGUUGGUCAAUCUGAAAGCCACUCCUCUUGAAGUCUUCAUCACUCCUAGGCUUCAUAAAUCUCUCUACCAAAUGGAUCGUGUAGGGCUUGAUUAGUGCUACAUUGAUCUUUGCCUCUUUGGUCACUCAAACUAUAGUCUCGGUAUCGUUCUACAAUUCGUCAUGACAAUAAUAAGAUAUUUGAAACACAAAUUGUAAUAAGAAUGUUUUGUCUAAAGGUGAGUUCUACAUUAUGUAUGUCAGAAAAAUCAAAAUAAAUACAUUUUCGUUUGAGGAUCAUAUACAACCAUAUGCUUUGAACAUCGUGUUAUUUUGCUGUAAAAUAAAAAAUAAACAAUCACAUCUUCACUUUGUUGUAACAAAAGAAAACUUAAGAUCGAUAUUCUUUUCGU